CGUUGCAUAUAGGUACUCAUUAUAACUAUAGUGCACAUGUUCGCGCUUAACAAUGUUUUCUUUAGUUUGACAAUUAUUGCCGUAUUGUCAGUUCCUAUGUUUCAGUUAAAAUGAGAGAUAAAGUAGAAUAUGAUCUCCUUGAGAGUCGAAAGGAGUACCUGCACAAUAUUGCAACUAUGAUUAAAGUUCCUCAUUUGAAAGCAAGAUACAGAAUCACCGCUAAACAAAUCGGUGACGGGAUUGAAAAUGCUCCUAUAACUUCUAAUCGCGUGUGUGCUAGAUGUCUCUUACAUCCACAUGAAACCCAGUUGCAACAAACUAUUAAACCAGAAUCACACAGAAUUCCAAAUUAUUUUCUAAGAAAGUAUCAGUAUAAACAGAGGAAGACAAUAUACCAGCUUAAACAUGAGAGAAAAUUGAAGAAGAUUGGCCAAAAACUUAUUAUAAAAUGUUCCACAUGUAAAAACAUAGUUAAGCUUCCACUGAACAAACCAAACAAAGAACCUGAAGUAAUUGAAGUUAUAGACACUCCAGUAAAAUCAAAAAAGAAAAAGAAAUCCAAGUGGGACUUGGCUGGAAUUAAUAAAACUGCAGUUGAACAAGCACAAAAACUUGCAGCAGGAAACAUAAUAGUAAUUAAGGACUCACCAGCUAAAAGUAAGAAAAAGAAAUCCAGGUGGGAUGGAAAUUCACAGUCCCCUAAAGCAAAAUUGCAAAAUCAAAAUAAAACACUGACAACCAAUGAUUUUAUUUCACUUGAAACAACUACAGUUGGCUCAAAGAAGAGAGUAAUUGAUGAUAUUAUUGAAAUAGGAGACAGUCCAGUUGCUCAGCCUCCAAAGAAAAAGAAGAAAAAUCAACAGGCUCAACCAUUGCAACAAAGUAAUAAGACGCAGAAUAAUUCAACAAUAAAUAACUUGAUAUAUCAAGCAAAGACUUUGGAAGAAGCGCGGAAAUCGGUACCGACUUUGACCACCAGGAAGGAGAAGAAGAAGAUGAAACACAAACUAAAAAAGAUUAAUGAUUCUAUUAAGAAUAUUGAACAUAACAGAGACAAACAGAAAUCAUCUCUUCAAAAUUUUUUGGAUCAAUUAAGUGCUUAGUUAGUGCAUUUAACUAUUCUUAUAUUGUUACAGAGACAUAAGUUUUCAUUAAAUAAACAAAGUUAAACAUUUACAAA